UCUGUUUUUCUCAACAUCAGCAUUCCUGUCUUAGCCCUCUUUGCACAGAACAAGUUGCAAGAACAAGCUCAGUUUUCUUCUUAGCUGGGCCAUUCUUACUAUUUUCUUCACCAUGAUUUUCCAAGCUCUUUUUCAUUGCAUGGACUUUACCGGCUGGCUUCUUUUAGGGUUUGUAUUCCUGCUAAUAUUUGAUGUUGUGAAAAACGGGAGGCCUCCUAACUUUCCACCCGGACCCUGGGCUGCACCUUUUGUCGGAAACAUCUUCACGCCGUUGGACUUCAAAACAAUGGAUAAGGUUUCAAAGAAGUACGGUCCUGUGUUCAGCGUGAGAAAAGGCAGUGACUGGCUGGUGUUUGUCUCUGGACUCAAGAUGGUCAAAGAGGCUCUUGUCAACCAGCUGGACAGCUUCGUUGAUAGGCCAAUCGUUCCCCUUUUUCACGUCACCUUCAAGGGCCUUGGUAUUGCUCUGAGUAAUGGGUACUUGUGGAAGAAACAGAGGAAGUUUGCCAACGCUCAUCUUCGCUACUUUGGAGAGGGACAGAAAUCUUUAGAAAAGUACAUCGAAGUGGAGUCCAACUUUCUUUGUGAAGCCUUCAAUGAUGAGCAGGGAAGGCCAUUUAACCCCCACUACAUCUUAACAAAUGCAGUGAGUAACAUAAUCUCAUCUGUGGUCUUUGGACAUCGAUUUGAAUACUCGGACCCAAGCUUUCGGGAAGUCCUGGAGCUGGACAACGAAGCCGUUAUUCUUGCUGGUUCCCUUCGGACUCAGCUGUUUGACGCCUUCCCUGGACUGAUGAAGCACCUGCCAGGGCCUCACCAGACUGUGCAUGCCAACUACAGGAAGAUCCUGGACUUUUUGGAGAAAGAGAUCGAGAAGCACAGAGAGGAGUGGAAUCCAGACGAUCCUCGGGAUUUUAUCGACGUCUACUUGUCAGAGAUGGAGAAGAAAAAAGAGGAUCCCCAGGCCGGCUUCAACACUGAAACGCUGCUCGUUAGCACUCUUGACCUCAUUGAGGCUGGAACAGAAACCGCUGCCACCACGCUGCGCUGGGCCCUUCUGUUCAUGUUGCACUACCCAGAGAUACAGGAGAAGGUCCAAGCAGAGAUAGACAGAGUGAUCGGGCAGUCUCGUCAGCCCACAAUGGCCGACAGACCGAACCUUCCCUACACUGACGCCGUCAUCCACGAGGUUCAGAGGAUGGGAAACAUCGUCCCCAUGGGAUUUCCUAAAAUGGCGAGUAAAGACACAACACUGGGCGGAUACUUCAUUCCUAAGGGAACAUAUAUGACGACCAUCCUGGCAUCUGUGCUGUUUGAUAAGAAUGAGUGGGCGACUCCAGAUGUCUUCAAUCCCGAGCAUUUCUUGGAUUCAGAGGGCAAGUUUGUCAAGAGAGAUGCUUUCUUGCCAUUUUCAGCAGGUAAACGUAUGUGUUUGGGGGAACACCUGGCCAAAAUGGAGCUCUUCGUCUUCUUUUCAGUUAUGCUGCAACGCUUCACCUUUGCCCCGGUCCCAGGAGAAAUGCCCAACCUGGAGGGCGUGAUGGGCUUCACUUAUUCCCCCGAGGAGUUCAGAUUCCUGGCUGUGCCACGCUAACAUGUGCUUCCUGUACAUCUCAUUGGGACAACAGCGCUGUAUUAAUUGGUCUGAUGAUGUCUUCUGAUCAUAAAUGUCUUGCUUUUUUAUUGGCUGUAUGCAGGAAAUACUUAUAAUUUUCUGAAAUAAGACCUAUCAUAUAAAAACCUUAGUAACAUAGGACUUUUUUUUUUUUAUCUGAGUUGAGACAGAAAGUUUUAGGAUGAAUCGGCCUGGUGCAUCAUUAAUCUGUUCUAUAUCCCUGUAAGUUUGUGAAAAAGUAUAUUCUUCUUGUACAUGAAAAACAUAUCUUAGUCAUGCUACACAGGCAGCUCUGUGAAGUCGGUUCUGUAUCUUUAAACGACUCUGAUUUGCUGCUGCAUGAGAGCAAUGUUCACCGGUCUGCAAAGCAAUUAAUCAUGAUACGUGUUUUGUGUCCUGGGGUAACAUAAGCACAAUCUAUUGCUCGCUUUAACAGUAAUUUGGAGAAUGUUAAAAAAAUAAAACUAUUGAGAGAGGGGAUGUUUGAUAAGAGCAUUUUAGAAAGUACUUAAGUUUUAAUUUCAUUUCAAGACGAUUGAAUAACAGCUUGACAUCAAACCAAAGAGAGAAUGGAAAAUGUGCAAGAUGCCAAAAGAUAAACUUUUCACAAUUGGAAUGUAAUAAAGUGUUUAUAAUAUU